GCGCCCAGGUUCUCCGCGGCUGUGCCCCUUGGUCCCGGUGGCGGCCGUCGUGGCCGGAGGUCGUCCGGGACGAGUUCCCCUGGGCGCUCCCCCAUGGAGGAAGAGGUGCGCACGGCUGCAGCCCCGGAUGCUCGCACCUCCCACUGGACGGCGACGAAGGCGGUGGCCGCGAGAGCUGUGGAGGGGGUGGCCCGCGCGGCCUGUGUGGGGGUGUGAGCGGAGGUGACCGGGGCCGGAGAGUGGAGGGAAGCCGCGCCGCGGGCCUGCGAGCUGGGCUGGAGCUACUCUGCCAGGGCUUAAAACGUUAAAUGAGAAUAAAGGGUAUUAUUUACGAGGAAAUGAGAGUGAAUAAGUCAUCUCUAAGCUUUUCCAGCCUUUUUUUCAUAAGAGAGACCAUAUUAAACUUACAUAUAUAUAUCAUUGGCUGCUGCUUUGGGGGUUGAACAUCCUUCUGGGUGUCCGUUGUUGUCCCCACGUAGCACGGAGGAACUUGUCUGCACUUCCAAACAGAUUCUGACUCACCGCUGUGUCCACAGAUGUCCUGUUUGCAAACUAUUUGAAGACUGCAUCUUCCUGCCUCCAGCACCAGCAGUUUCUCCUACUUGAUCAAUGUGAUUCACAGUAACUUUUUAAGUAACAAACGAAAUGAGCCAGGGGCGUGGAAAAUAUGACUUUUAUUUUGGUCUGGGUUUGGCUAUGAGCUCCAGCAUUUUCAUUGGAGGGAGUUUCAUUUUGAAAAAAAAAGGCCUUCUGCGACUUGCCAGAAAAGGCUCCAUGAGAGCAGGUCAAGGUGGCCAUGCAUAUCUUAAAGAAUGGUUGUGGUGGGCUGGACUGCUGUCAAAGUUUUCCUUUGUUGUCUGUCUCCAAGUGGGAGCUGGCGAGGUGGCCAACUUUGCUGCGUAUGCCUUUGCACCAGCCACCCUGGUGACUCCAUUAGGAGCACUCAGUGUCCUAGUAAGUGCCAUUCUUUCUUCAUACUUUCUAAAUGAAAGAUUGAAUCUUCAUGGAAAAAUUGGAUGUUUGCUAAGUAUUCUGGGAUCUACAGUUAUGGUUAUUCAUGCUCCAAAAGAAGAGGAAAUUGAGACUUUAAAUGAAAUGUCUCACAAGCUAGGAGAUCCAGGUUUUGUGGUCUUUGCAACGCUUGUUGUCAUUGUGUCCUUGAUAUUAAUCUUUGUGGUGGGACCUCGCCAUGGACAGACAAACAUUCUUGUGUAUAUCACAAUCUGCUCUGUAAUUGGAGCAUUUUCAGUCUCCUGUGUUAAGGGCCUGGGCAUCGCUAUCAAAGAGCUGUUUGCUGGAAAGCCUGUGCUGCGACAUCCCCUGGCCUGGAUUCUGCUGCUGAGCCUUAUAGUCUGCGUGAGCACACAGAUUAAUUACCUGAACAGGGCCCUGGACAUAUUCAACACUUCCAUCGUUACUCCAAUAUAUUAUGUAUUCUUUACAACGUCAGUUUUAACUUGUUCAGCUAUUCUUUUUAAGGAGUGGCAAGAUAUGCCUGUUGAUGAUGUCAUUGGUACUCUGAGUGGCUUCUUUACAAUCAUUGUGGGAAUAUUCUUGUUGCAUGCCUUUAAAGACGUCAGCUUUAGUCUUGCAAGUCUGCCUGUGUCUUUUCGGAAAGACGAAAAAGCAGUGAAUGGCAGUCUCUCUAAUAUGUAUGAAGUUCUUAAUAAUAAUGAAGAGAGCUUAACCUGUGGAAUCGAACAACACACUGCUGAAAAUAUCUCCCGAAGAAAUGGAAAUCUGACAGCUUUUUAAUAAGAAAGAUGUAAUUAAAAAGGUUAAUCUAUAAUUGUGUUAUAAAGUGAAUUUGAGUAUCAGAAUGUCUGAAAAAGCAUUGUUCUCAAAUAAUGUUCUCUAGAGACAAUCUUUUUUAAGGUUUCAUUAAUUUGGACCAAGAAAUUACUUUUCUUAUAUUUAAAUGAUGGUAGCUCACUAAAAUGACCUCAGUACCUAGCCAAUUUCUUUUAACAUUGUAUUGUUGUAGAGGUAUUUAAAAUUUUCCUUCACCAAAAUCUAAAUGCACUAAUGAGUUUUAAGUCUAUAAAAAUGCUUUAUUUUUUCACUGUGAUGAAAGUCUGAAAUGUGCAUUUGUCAUGCCCACUGUAUCAAUUCCUGACCAUUUUAAGGCUUUUUUGAUUUAAAAAGACAAAACUAACUCAAUAUAUCAUCCUAUAAUUUACCUUACCCGUAAAAAAGACUUCCGUUUGAUGAGUUAUUUUAAUUUUGAAGUAUUAAUUUGAGACUCCUAAGUUAUUAAAUGUAAGAAAUUCAUUUACAAAAGAAAAAAAAGGUAGGAAAUCACCCCAUGGAAAUCUCUCUCAGGCUGAGCUGUCACCAUGAACACUGAUGGCCUUCCUAGGUGGCACCUUGUUAAACCAGCGCACUGCACCCUUUGUCGGACUACAGCCUGGCUGGUUCUAUUCUUCGGUUACUCUGAUCCCUUGAUGCCUGGAACCUUGAUUACCGUUUUACAUCAGCUCUUGUACUUUUCCAUGUAUUUUCAUAAUGAGUUAUAUUGCCUUUAGCUCUUCUAACAACUCUGGGAAAUAAAGUCAGAAGAAUAGGGUAAUUUCUUAAAUUUAGCUCAUGUUGAAAUAAAAAGACAAAUUGAAACAAAGUUCUUUUAAGUCUGAGUGCUUAGAACAAACAGGAUGUCUGUAAAAUGUGGUACCAAAUAUUUUACUUUGGACCACUAUAUAUUUUGGUUUUUUUAAAAAUGCCCAUGAAAAAAAAUGUUUACAGGAAACUUCAAACAUAUGCAAAAAAGGUAAAAUAGUAUAAUGAACUCUAUCAACCUUCCAAACCUGUCAUCAUGGGACUUCCCUGGUGGUCCAGUGGUUAAGAAUCUGCCUCCCAGUGUAGGGGACACAGUUUUUAUCCCUGGUCGGGGAACUAAGAUCCCACAUGCUACUGGGCAACUAAGCCUGCAAGCCACAACUGCUGACCCUACAUACCACAACUAGAGAGCCUGUGUGCUGCAACUAGAGUCCAUGUGUUCUGGAGCCUGUGCGCCACAAUGAAAGAUCCCACCUGCCACAACUAAGACCCAGUGCAGCCAAAAAUAUUUUCUAAAAAAAACUCGGGGGCUGGUUGUGCUACAUCUUAGCUCUGAAUGCAGGCAAGGGGUAACAAUAUAUCAGAGCCUCAGAUUCCUUGUCUGUAGAGAAUGUUAAAUAAUGUGAACAUUAUAAGAAAAAAACAACCCUGUCAUUGACUGAUUAAUUGGCCUUAGCAAUACUGACAACUGAUUUCCACUCGGGUUGUGUUGGGCUUGUUUCCACUCUGUGUCUCCUGCCUCAGGUCACCACGUGGCCCACUGCAUAAGAGGCCACCGCGGGAGCCUCAGUGUCCACUGACCACACUUACACGGGCAGAGUUGACAGUUUCCACGUUUCAUGAAAUUCCGUUUUCCCACUUUUAUUAUUGACCCUCUAAGCAGCCUUUAGACAUUUUUUUCCUGCCUCUCUCCAUGUAAUUUUAACACCACAUAUAUAGUAUUUCUCUGUGUGAAUUAUAUGACAUUCAGACACAAUACUGCAAAAUAUUUCAGAGUCAACUUUGACUCUAAUUUGGUACUGAAAGGAAAUCACUUUACCUUUUAAUUCUAGGUUUUUGUAUUUGAAAAAUUGACUAGGAGGAGAAAAGGAUGGGUGGAAAUAAUACAAUAUACCUUAUAGGGUUGUGAGAAAUAAUACAUGAAAAGAAAAAAACACCACAUAUAUAUUUGUUUAUGUACUGUGUCUGUAUCUGUGCUUUGUACACAAUAGAUUAAAAACCGAUUUUCACCCCC